UACAUCCACCGGGGCCGUUGCCUCAAGCCGAGGGGUGGGGUCUGGUCUGUGCGGGUCGCUACAGUAUAUCAAAAGUGAACUAUUUUUAAAGCAUACUUAAAAGUAUAUCGAAAGUUAACUAUUUUCUAAGUAUACUUUUUAAAAGUAUAUCAAAAGUGUACUAUCCAUUUUUUGUAUAGCCUACUAUAGUAUUCUUCUUUUUCGUAGGGGUAGGUAAGAAAAUUACAGCAGUCAUUUUGGAACGUUCCAUCUCCGACCAGAAUACAACGUUGUGGCAACGUUGUCUACGCUACCAUCAACAUUCGCUAUAUAAAGUUGCUACAACGUCGCCGGAAAGUAAUGUUGCCGUGACCACUUACUGGCAGCAUUGUCACAACGUUGUGAGGAUUACGCAUGCGAUCAAGCUGACAUGUCAAACAAGGUUGUUGUCACUGUACGUUUAGUAAGGUCUUUUGAGCACCGUAAUUUCAAGACAGUCGCAUUUUCUUGCGUUAACCUUGAUCAAAUGGUAGAAGAUUUUAUUCAACUUGUGAAACAUGAUAUUGCUGCGAGGGCAGGUUUACCACCCCCCUUCAAGAAGUUCGGUUAUGACACAAUGAAGAUCAUUCACCAAGCUUUUGGAGCAAAGACAAAUGAGUUGGUGAUGAGUUUGGAAGAUGAUGACAAGCUGAUUUUGCAAGAAGGAAUAUCACUUAGAGCUUUUGGAAUUGCAAAUGAAACAGAACUGGCUUUCUUCAGAAGAGAAGAUUAUGAGAUGUUCAAAUCAAAUCCCCAAACCACCUGGUGACGACACUCAUGACCGUGAAGCCCUACCUGAAGAGUGGAAUUUGAGGUCAAGCAUCCAGAGCAAAUGAAAGAUUUAAGUAGCCGGUCCUCAGAUGUUAAACAGUCUAUUAAUGUCUUCCUAAUUUAUUCUUCACUCCAUUGGUAUGCCGUUUUUAUCUGAUAUUUUACUGAAUUCAGUUGACAAUUACAUUUCUUAUUGCUAAGUUUAAUAAAUCAUUUAAUGGA